AUGGACAAUUCAGCUGAUCAGCAAAUGAACGACCGUGACGAUGCUACAUCCAUAUCUUCAUCUUCAGCGCGAGCCUCUGCUGCUACCGGAUCAUCUACGCCCGCCACCCCAGGAUUCUUAUCAGCCUCCGAAAACGUGGAGUGUCUUGAGACUCGUGCACGGAACAUGGAUCGAUACAUCGCACUUGGCUGCCUUCACUCCAAGCACACAUUCGAUUUUAGUUCAAUCUCACCAUCGAGUGGUGAUUGGGUCGAGUUACUGCACCAAGAGCUUCCCGACGAGAUCAAGGCCAACGUCGGCAUUGAAGCAUCACGGCUGCUUGAAGCGCACUGGAUUCGGAUAUUUGCGCGUAAAGGAACGCCUGGUAAUGCGUCUGAUCACGACCUUCUUCGCAUCUAUCUUUUGCCAGAAGACUGGGGUCGUCGUACGAUUGACCGUAACAGCAAGAGCCUGAAGAACGCUCUGCGGACACUGCUCCAACAAAUUGAUAUCUCACCGAGUGCUUGGAAUGGAGACUCAAAUCCUGAUGAGACGCGUCACUUUGAUCCCUGGGCUGAUGUAGAACCUUUCUCGCUAUACUACCUUUUCAACAAGCUGCCAUCACCUGCGCCAGACGUGGGAAAGAUCAAGUGUCGCUAUACACGUGCCGCCGUACAAGAUGUACUAGAGUCUGCGGCAGUUUCCGAGUGGUCGGAGCAUGGUGAACAGGCUCUACCGGGGCUCAAGACCAGAUUAUACGCGUAUCAGACACGGUCGGCGAGCUUGAUGCUGCAACGGGAAGCUUCGCCGCAGCUGCAGCUUGAUCCAAGAUUAGAGGUUCGUACUUCGCCUAAUGGUAACAAGUUCUACUUCGGGCCUCGAGAUGGAUCGUUUCUACAAGAGCCGCGCUACUACGAAAUGAACCGGGGUGGUAUUCUGGCAGAGACCAUGGGCCUGGGGAAAACGGUGAUCUGCUUGGCCGUUAUCUUGGCAAGUAAGGGCCAUCUUCCCAAGAUUCCAGCCGCAUACCGACCAUUACCUCCUCGUCGCAAGCGACCUGGAUCGUUGGCAGACAUGGCGAUGUCUUCCGCUGGCCAACAUUCAGUUCCAAUGGCAUCCUUCCUCGAGCAGUCUGAGGCGAAUGGGGCUGGAGAUAUGACAAGCAUCAAAGAUGCGCUGGAUCGAAAUGUUCCAUUCUACGAGAUACCACCAGACAUCCCACGCAUGAAUAGGAAUACCCGAAUACCGCCAACACGUCAAUUAGUGCUCUCUUCCGCUACUAUCAUUGUCGUACCGCGGAAUUUACUCCACCAAUGGCAGUCCGAAAUACAAAAGCACGUCCUUCCGGGUGGCCUCAAGAUUCUCGUCGUUGACUCUGUGCCCAAGCGCGCCAAGAUUACCCAUCCCACCGACGAGACCAUGGACUUCCGAAGCGAACUUCCAGCUCCCACUGAACUCAUGAAGUUUGACGUGGUUCUAUUCACCCGCAACCGCUUCGAACAAGAGAUUCAAGACGGUCAAGAUGAACAAGGACGACGCAUGGGCUCUGGAGCCUCUCGCGUUUGUAACUGCCCUUACAUCGGAGCAACUCGGAUUCCAGAUUGCAGUUGCGUCGACACCGAUAGAGUGUACGAAUCGCCACUGAAGAAGAUACACUGGCUACGGAUCGUUAUCGAUGAAGGACACUCUUUCUCGAGCUCUGUCUCGAAUGCUGUACUUGUCGCUAAGCAGAUACAAGCGGAGAGACGCUGGGUGGUAUCAGGAACACCUGCGAAAAGUUUGGUCGGUGUGGAGGUAGACAUGUCCACCGUCGAUCCGGAGACCGACGCGGUACUACAGCGCGAACUUGCCAUUGAAAAGAGAAAGACGUUCAAUCAUGACGCAGAGAAUUCCAAAGCUGCUAAAGCUUUGGGUACGCUUGCUUCACAUUUCCUCAUGGUUCGACCGUGGUGCGAGAACUCCGAAGGUAAGCUCGAUUGGGAUGAAUACGUUUAUCGCCACGAGCACCAGUACAGAAAGACUUAUUCCGGGUUUUCUUCAUGCUUCGUCCGAGCAUUGGAAGGACUAGUUGUGAAGACGCGCCCAGAGGAUGUUGAGAAGGACAUUGUCCUACCCCCGAUGCGACACAGAACCGUAUACCUCAAGCCAUGUUGGUUUGAUAAGAUGACGGCCAAUCUAUUCAUCCAAGUUCUGCGAGCAAACGCUAUCACGAGCGAGCGGACCGAUGUCGACUAUCUAUUCCACAAGAACAGCGUGAAAGCUCGUCACAGUCUCAUCAGAAAUUUACGGCAGUCCAACUUUACCUGGACAGGUUUCAGCCUCUCAGAUGUAGUCGCCACGCUUGAAACUAGCAAUAAGUACCUUUCCAAAGAGGACAAGAACUGCUCGCUCGAGGACGCGCAAUCCCUCCUGGAGAGCAGCCAAAUCGUGUCAAAGCUUACGGCUUCCGCUGAAUGGAUUGCAUUGAGUACAUCUCAUGAAGUGGGUAUGGCUGUCAACCGUUGGCCAGAAGCGGCGCGAGAGGCAUUCGCACUUGUUUACCCGGCGGAGCCCAUCGUGGUUGGUGUCACGCAGCUCAUCGAGGGCCAACUCCACGUUGAUAGCAGCAUCCGGUCUUCAGAUCCAACGGUCGGGCUGGAUGCUGUUGGAUAUGCAGCAAAAGCAAAGGCCAUUGCGAUGGCAGAGGAAGAGGGUAAGCUCAAAGCGUCAAGCGAAGGCACAGUCAAUGGCUUGCCGCUGCAGAGGACAGGAGUGCCUACUUCGCUGGUGAAGGGUCAACAGCCACCGACUAGUCGUCGGACAUCAGCCAUCGCGAGCAAAUCUCCUCCUAAGAAGUCAACGGGAUCUAGCGAUGUGAAUGGCGUUGAAGACACCCCGGACAUCGCAUCACCCGUUCGCACGAAGAAGCGAAAGCUUACCUUCGCAGACGAGACAGCGGAUCUUCCUGCAGACUCCGAUCUCCGAAAUACACGCUGCAUUGGCACAACAUCGGCCAAACUUACAUAUCUGUUGGACAAGGUGAUGCAGCACCAGGAGAAAGAGAAGAUCAUCAUCUUCUACGAUGGUGACAACGCGGCGUUCUACAUCGCCCAAUGUCUUGAGUUGAUGUAUGUCAACCACAGGAUCUACGCGAGAACUCUAAACAACUCACUGCGAUCCGAGUACGUACGACUGUUCAACGAAGACCCAGAUGUGCGAGUCUUGCUCAUCGACGUCGCAUGUGGUGCCCUCGGGCUGAACCUUAACGCGGCGAGCAUCGUACUCAUUGUAAACCCGAUCAACAGGCCAAACAUCGAAGCGCAAGCCAUCAAACGAGCCCAUCGCAUUGGACAAACAAAAGACGUACUUGUCGAGACCCUAGUUCUCGAGAACACAAUCGAGCAUGCGAUCUUCAAUCGCGCGAAGAAAAUGUCUCGUGCUGACCACCAAGAAGCGAAGGAGCUUGAAGACGACGCCGGCAUCAUCGAGAUCAUCCAAAAUGCUCACAUCCUGCCUGUGGGUGAUGACGAGGGCGAGGGGUUGUCUAGCUUUGCGCUAUUGCAGACACCGCAGCAGGUCUUUGGGCGGCCGAAUCGGCACAAGUACCAUCGGUAUGGAGGCGCAGAUAAGAAGACUAAGGAUGGACCGCAGAAAAAGGCGAAGACGACAAAGGGCGUAAAGAAAGAACAUAAUGGCAGUACGAGCGACGCCAACAGCGUGAAUGCACCUGCUGGAUCAAGUGCUGGCACUGGUCUGCCGGUGCGAGGAUUUGCUCAAAAUGGUGGCUUACAAGCUGCUGGCCCGGUAUCGUCCCAACCAGUCGCUAGCAUUUUCGGCAAUGGUUGA